AUGAGAGCGUGUCAAUUCCCGGGGCUGAGUCUACAGACGACUAGCCCCCUGCUGCACGCGUCUCGCUCGACUUUUGUUCCUACCACCUCGAGGACCUUGCUGAAGAGCCAUCAAACUCGUAUUCUUGUAACCUCUCGCCCUCGACACAACUGGUCGUUGCUCAAUCACCGCAUACCGACCCGACCGUCCCCGUCUCAUCCAUCCAUUUCCUGCACGAGCACGACCUCCACCACCAUGGAGCACACUCGAGGUCAUUUCGGUCACUCACACCAUGGCCACCACCAUCACCACGAUACAACCUUCCUAACGAGUACGGACAAGAACGACGCUGGAGUCCGUAUCACGCGAGUCGGACUUUUUGUCAACCUCGGCAUGGCCAUUGCUAAGGGAGUCGGUGGUUACGUCUUCAACUCCAAAGCGUAUGUGCCAGCCCCUUCAGCCUGUCACGAUCUCAUCUCCGAUUUCACCACCCUCGCGACCGUCUCGUACUCAUUACGAGCCCCCACAAGCAGGUUCCCCACUGGCUACGGAAAGAUUGAGUCUCUCGGGGCACUUGGCGUGUCGGGUAUCCUUCUUUCGGGAGGAAUCAUGAUCGGCCUACAGGCAGUUAUGGCUCUCGCACAACAAUUCUUCCCGGAUAUCGCCCAUGUACUCUCCCACAUUGGCAUCUUCGGCCACGGCCACAGCCACAAUCAUAGUCAUGGCAUUGAGGGCAUGGGUGUCAACAUCAAUGCAGCAUGGCUGGCCGCCGGCAGUAUCAUAAUAAAAGAGUGGUUAUACCGAGCGACCAUGAAGAUCGCAACAGAGAAGCGCAGCAGUGUUCUGGCGAGCAACGCAUACCACCACCGUGUCGACAGUCUGACUGCUGUUGUUGCCUUGGCCACCAUCUGUGCCAGUCACUUCUUGACAAACGCUGCUUGGCUCGACCCUGUGGGUGGUCUCGUCAUCUCAGGCAUGAUCGUGCAAGCUGGAUACGGGAACACCAAGGCUGCACUCCUGGAGCUGGCCGAUGUAUCGAUCGAUGACGAAAUGAAGCACAAGAUCGAGAGCGCUGCAUCGCAAGCUCUGGGAGCUCUGAAGCUGCCCACCGAGUCGGCUCCCCAGGUCCAGGGCAUCAAGAGUGGCCAAAACUACCUGGUUGAGAUCGCCGUCACCGUCCCCUCGACCUGGACGUUGGAGCAAAUGACCGAAGCCGAGAACAGCAUGCGCGAAAAGGUAUCCUCUGCCACGCAAGGAAUCAAGCGUGUCUCGAUCCGCUUCACCAGCUCGGAAACAACCGGCGAUGCUUUUGCGAACGAGUUCGUUGCCUCCAAAGACCAGACACAUGGCCACGAGCAUGAACACGAGCACGAGCACAGCCAUGAUGAUGGACACAGCCAUAGCCAUGAACCCGUACAAGAAGGCUCCAAGACAGGACUCAACAAGAGAAAGUAA